AGUGCUGGUGAGUGUUUCAUUUCCUUCCAUUUUCCCAGUUUUUCUAACAGAGCACAAAAAGCAUACCUUAUCUGCUUCUUUCUCUCUCUCUCUCUCUCUCUCUGCAAUGCAAUUAGGGUUUUAAUUCAAUUCAGAAGCUCACACUCUCUCUGUUGCUACGAAUUUCCCCAGAUUUUCCAUCUCGCACGAUUCAACAAACCCUCCAUUUCCCAUCUCCUCCCUUAAACAUCACCAUGACCACCCACCACGAACACGACGCCGCCACCGGCGACGCAAAUCCCGGUAACCAAGUCACCAGCAGCGAGGUCAGUGCUCACAUUUCCCAACUCCCAGUCACCACUUCACCGGAACAUUUUAGGGUUUGUUCAGAACUCGCACCACCAUCAUCCACCGUUGAUCAUAGUGAACCGUCGGAGUCUAAUGGUUCUGAGAGAAAUGGCGGGGUGUCAACGGGUUUCGAAGUGGGUGACAUGGUGUGGGCGAAGGUGAAGUCUCACCCAUGGUGGCCAGGGCAUAUAUACAACGAAGCUUUUGCAUCAGCCGCGGUGCGUCGAUCCAAGAGGGAAGGGCUUGUGUUGGUGGCUUUCUUCGGUGACAGCAGUUAUGGGUGGUUCGAAUCCGGUGAGCUUAUUCCCUUUGAUGAGAAUUUCGCUGAGAAAUCGAGGCAGGUGAAUUCCAGAGCAUUCUUGAAGGCUGUGGAAGAGGCAGUGGAAGAAGCUAGUAGGAGGAGUGCUCUUGGAUUGGUUUGUAGGUGUAGGAACGCUAAUAUUUUCCACCCCACCACUGUUCAAGGGUAUUUUUCUGUUCAUGUGCCUGACUUUGAGCCUGGAAUCUAUUCUACUGCACAGAUUAGGAAGGCAAUAAAUGGUCUUGGACCCGCCGAAGCGCUUGCUUUCGUCAAGCAAUUUGCCAGUGCUCCCCAUGGUGGUGGUCACAGAAGCAUUGGUUUCACUAAGAAUAAGGCUGCUGUUGUUGGUUUUCGACGGGGAGUGUUUGAGCAGUAUGAUGAGCCUUAUGCCCUGGCUUUUGAUCAGCCAGUGGGUCAUCCCAUUAGAGCUCCUUUGAGUGGUCUGCUGGUGACAGGAGAAACAUUGGGUGGCCGGAAGAAGACUCCAAAGUCCCCGAAAGUUAAGGACAAUUCCAAUAAGGAUAACUAUAUUUUCAAGCGUCGAGAUGAACCCAGUGACUGUUUCCAGUUAACUACCAAGGAGGAUACACCAGAUGCAGCUGAGAAGAGGCCAUUAGCUGUGGCUGUAGCACCUCAGGUUUUAGAGAAGCAUGAAGAUACAAAGUUUGUUAGCCAGGAUGGCGCAGAUUCAGCUAUAAAAGCCAAAGUAACUGUCGAAGGCCAGGUUCAACCAGAUGGCACUGGUCUCACAUCCCCAGAAAUUACCUUUGAUGCUGACCUUUGUCUUGACAAGGGCAAUGAAUCUUCAGAAGAAAUGACCAAGAGCUUUGAACCUGUUGAUGUUGCUAGCAAAAGCAUGGGCAGGCCUGAUUCCUCCGAGGUUAUGGCAUUACCAAGCAUAGUUGAUGAGACAUCUCAGUCUACCCCUCUGGAAAGUAAAACUUCCAUUGAUGUUAAACAUGAUGUAAAUGUAGUACUGUCAGGACCACAUAAAGAUUUUCUGCAAACAGAGCAGGGAUGUCUGACUGUAACUGAUGAAGUAAAGCAUCACAAACUUACUGUUGAUGGUGUGCUGAAGAAGGUAAAAGUUCGUAAGAGACCUGCAGAUGAUGUGAACUCUGAGACUUCUGGUAUUUUAGAAAAGAAGAAGAAAAAAAAGAAAGGGAGUUUUAAUACACAGCCUACCUCAGGCCAUAUGGAGAAGACUUCUGAAAAAUCUGUACAUCUCUCAGGAAAAUUGAUAGGAAAACCUGUGUCAAUUGGAUUGGCCCCUAGAGAAGAUAUACCUAAAGAACCAGGGCAGAUGGAUGCUUCUGGCAAUAAUUUGCUGCCUGUGGGUAACAAAGCAGAAGUUAAUCUUGAGUUGCCACAGCUCUUGGUUGAAUUGCAAGCUCUUGCUUUGGAUCCUUUUCACAGUGUUAAAAGAGGGAUCCCUGCAGUUACUCAGCAAUUCUUUUUGCGCUUCAGAUCCCUUGUUUAUCAGAAAAGCUUGGUUUUGUCCCCGCCAACAGAGAAUGAAGCCCCUGAAGUUCGUCCUUCUAAAUCUACUUCCAGUUUCGGGGCAUCUGACAGUCCUAAUGAUCGUGCCAGAGCUUCACCACUUGUAAAGUCUGUAAAACACAUUGUUCGGGGUGAUGAUCCAACCAAAGUUGGGCGGAAAAGGGCCCCCUCUGAUCGACAAGAAGAAUAUACUGCAAAGAGAUUGAAGAAAAUCCAGGAUAUAAAGUCACUGGCGGCAGAGAAAAAAGCGGCUAGCCAGAAAACUUCUGAAGCUCGGCAAGGAGAGGGAAAAGGUUCCAUGAUCCAGGCUCCACCUAAAUUAGUGAAACCAAAUUUAACUAGGAAAGUGGAGCGUCCAGCUAAGCCACUUGAACCCACUGUACUGGUGAUCAGAUUUCCUCCUGGGACAUCACUUCCAUCUGUUGCUGAGCUGAAGGCAAGGUUUGCUCGUUUUGGGCCAAUCGACCAAUCAAGCCUCCGUGUCUUCUGGAAGUCUUCAUCAUGUCGAGUUAUUUUCAUGCACAGGGUUGAUGCAAAAACUGCAUAUAAACAUGCUGUAGCAAAUCAAUCCUUGUUUGGCAAUGUGGCUGUUAGGUACUUCCUACGGGAACUUGGGGAUUCUUCACUGGAUGUCUCUGAAGCUGCCAAGGGUAGAGGAGAUGGUGGUACCUUCGAAACACCUCAGAUUAAGGAUCCUUUUGUGGUUCCACGUCAGGCAUCAGUAUCAGCACAACAACCUCUUCCGCGGCCAACGGUCCAGCUCAAAUCCAUCCUGAAGAAAUCUAAUGGGGAUGAGCUAUUCCAGGGAACCGGUAAUGGAGGUAGUAGUAAAGGAACCCCACGUGUAAAAUUCAUGUUAGGUGAUGAAGAAAGUAAUAGGGGAGAGCAAAUAAUGGUGAGUAAUUCAAACAACUUGGAUAAUGCUAGUUUCCCUGAUGGUUGUGCACAUUCUCCUGUUGCUAUGGAUUUUAAUAGUAACAAUGAUCAAAAGGUCAUUUCCCAACAAUCGUUGCCUACUCUUCCAUUUCCUACUCAGUUUACGAAAACCCCACAACAUAAUUUGCAUAAUUCCGAAAUGGCACCUCGAAAUACUUCCAAUUUUAUAAACACCACUGCAUCAGCUACUGCAGCUACGGUUGAUGUAUCACGGCAGAUGAUAACCCUUUUGACAAGGUGCAACGAUAUUGUGAUUAACUUGACGGGUCUCUUAGGCUAUGUGCCCUACCAUCCACUUUGACGCCAUACUCAACAUUUUGCCAAAUCAAAUUCAAGAAAAAUGUGUACUAGAGUUGGACGCGGGAGAACUGAAAUAUAUGCUCGUUCAAGAGUAGUUUGUUGUUCUUGUGGAUUUUAGGCUUCACAAUGUAAAUGUACUCUCGCGUUGAUAAUGAAAUCCUUUUUACCUCC